AUGUCUGUUGUCCCUGUCCCUGAGGUCAUACAUGUCCCUGAGGUCAUUGCAGACUCUCCUUUGAUGCCUCCGCCAUCACUAGAUCCAGUCCUACAACCUGAGUCUGAUCUUCCGAUUACCCUUCGAAAAGAUGAUAUUGUUAUAACUGGUAGUAAUCAGCAGGGUAUACUCCAGUUAAAACAACAUCUCUUGAAUCAAUUUCAAACAAAAGACCUUGAUAAACUCCGCUAUUUCUUGGGUAUUGAGGUAGCCCAAUCUAAAGAUGGGUUGGUGAUUUCUCAUCGGAAAUAUGCUAUGGAUAUUUUAGAAGAAAUAGGUUUGUUGAAUGCUAAACCAGCUGAUACUCCUAUGGAUCCAAGUGUCAAACUACUACCCUACCAAGGGGAGCCUCUAUCUAACUUAGGAAGGUAUAGGAGCUUGGUUGGAAAUUUGAAUUAUCUCACAGUCACACGUCCAAACAUUUCUUUUGUAGUUAGUAUGGGUCACCUAUUGAUAGACGAUCCACCUAUGGGUAUUGUGUACUUGUUGGAGGAAACCUUAUAUCCUGGAAAAAUAAGAAACAAAACGUAG